AUGAACAUCCAUACAGCUCUCAGGUCCGGCCCAUUAUUGGGCAUUAGCCUGGAUCAAGAUGCAUACAUUCCAGGCGAUAUCAUCACCGGCCACGUAUUUCGACAGUUUCAAACGAUAAGCCCAGACGCAUCUGUCAGCAUUUGCAUGUUUGGACGAGGGAGAACAAUUGGGGUCAUCGGCAACAACUCUCAAGAGUACCGAGGCCUUUUCGACCUUUGCUAUCGCCCAAAGAUCAUCUUCCGGGGCCCUAUACACAUCGAGUCAUCGAAACACAAACACAAAUGGCCGUUUACUGUUCAACUUCAGAAAUAUGUCAAUGAUUCUACACCUUUGGGUCUCGUGAAUCAUAUGCCACCAUCAUACAUGCUUCGGACGAAGAAUAUGGCAGCGGUUAUUGAGUACGUGGUCAAGGCAAAGAUCACAAUGACUGUUCAAGGUCAUGAAGAAGUACUGGAAGCUACAUUUCCUUUCAAAGUCAUAUGUGUCACUCCAGAAUCUCCAAUUGCAGACUUUCGGCUUAAACGAUAUUACUACGAGCGUACAGUUUCUAACCAUCGGCUUAUUCCUGGAAUGCAAGAUGUCAAGGUCUCUUGGAAAGACAAGAUCAAACAAUCUCUCCAUAGUUCGAAGGAUCCCACGUUGACGUUCAACCUUUUCGUUGAAGUGCCGAAGGUCGUUCAGCUGGAUAACCCAACACCGAUACCAUUGAAGCUCCUGGUGUCGCCGAACUGGGAAGAAACGAGCGAUGCUAUUCGAGAUGAAGUACAGGACGUCAAGCUCGUGUCGGCACACGUCAGUGUAAUCACGAUUACGACGAUUAUCUGUCAUGCGGGGUUACAGAUACCAGAAAGCACAGAGGUCGACCUUGGACUCAGCCAGGCUAUCAUACAGCGUAGCGAUACAAUACGGAUCCCAUUCACAGCCGAUUCUCAACCCAUAGAUAUUGGAGAAAUAACUAACCUGCGCAUUGGCCAGAAAACAGGCUACCCCCGACGGUGGACAUCUGUGCAAUCCGAGUUCACGCACUCAUUCCAGAUAUACAACAUCCGUGUUUCGCAUCAACUGAAAUGGUCAGUACAAGGAGAAAUCGCAGGCGAAAGAUUCAAGACUGAAGGAAAAUCUGAUUUGCUCAUAUUGAAGCCGAGCGACGAUAGGCCGGAAUCGCAAGAUGUUGUUCUGGAGGCUGGAGAGAGGAUACCGCUGCGUCAAGAUUCAUCGUGGAUUAGGCCGCCUGCUGAAGAACAGCUACCAAGCUUUUUGGAUGCGCAGAUGGAUGAGAGAGUUACAGGGAUAGCUCAUAGCCGAGAAUGA